AUGUCCAGUGACAAGUCCGACAAGGUGGCUUACAGGUUCUACACUAAGCUUAUUCUCGUCGUCAAUCAUGCCAGGGCAACGGUUCAGCCGACAGCGCAGGCUCGGGGGGAUAUCUGGUUCAAUCUCGAGACUCCGGACACAGAACUCUUCAAGGAACAUACUCGCAUCUAUCGCUCCGUUUCUUCCGCGCACUCAUUACCGCCGUUCCGUCUACAAGUUCUUUUGGUUGUCCCCGAGUUGACAAACAACCAAGUACUAGUCUAUCUCGCGCCUGACUCAUCUCGCGUUCGCAUCGACCCGACCCCCAGGUAUAUCCUCCUAGAGUCAUGGGAUAUCAUCUUCACGCAGAAUGACUCUCAGCAUCGGUAUGGUGCCGAUGUCGCGCUCCCUACCAUGUACAAGCAAGCCAUUCCGCUGUUUCGGAGUGUGUUUACUUUGCUUCGUAUCCUGCCUGCGUGGAAGUUGUCCAGACGUUUACGUACCCGUGUUGGAGGCAACCGGAAUGGCAAUUUCAGCAUCCAAUUGCGCGUCCAGGGCAUCGACGAAGACAGAGGCGCGGAGGGCAUUUUGGGGUUUGACACGCCUCUUGCACAGACAUCUCCGCGACUAUCGAAAGACUCGCAUGAUUUCACGCCAGUUACCCACCCAGUGGGCACUCUGUCACUGUCUGUCACGUACCUCACUUCGCCCAACUUCCAGCUGGACGAACUGGAGUCGCUCUUGUCUUCGCGGUUCCUCUCGCUGGAUGAAGGACCAGAUUUUACGCCGACCCUUGUCAAGAACCAGCAGCGUGACUCCCUGUCGGGUUCCCCGGGCAGUUUACCCGUCCGUAUGUCUCUCCCUCGCUCCCCGCCUUCAUCUGUGGCGGACCGUUUCGUCGUCCCGCCUUCGAUGCAUUCGCGCACCACGUCCUUGUCCGGACUAUCUGGACUCGGUGGGAGUAGUCCGCGCUCGCAGAAUGUUGGCCUUCUGCCAAUGCGGCGGCUGUCAAAUACGGGCGCUGCAGGGUCGACUUCUGCGGUGUCAGACGCGUCGUCAUCGCGUCAAGGUGCGGCGUCUACGGGCUCAAGGGACGACAUCCCCCCCGUGUCUGCACUCGCUGCGCGACUCAGGAAGGAAAGCCUCGGCACCGGAAGAGGCAGCGAUUUCAUACCCUCUCCGGGGCCAGUUCCGAUUCGGCGUCCUAUCAACCCUGUGAACCCGUUCAAGUCUUCGACGCUGUCAUCUGGCUCUCCCUCUCUACACUCCCCAUCACCAUCGCUGCGACAACACUCGCCCUUGUCUUCCGGCGGGCCAUCCUUGCCCUCUAGGCCCGCACAUACAUCACCAACUUCAUCCCGUGCUCACGUCCCGCAGCGUUCGGGGAGUAAGGCACCACCAUCGCCUGUCCCACUGCCCCGGUCGUCUCCGCCUUAUGCGCCAUCGAGUCUGGGUGGGCGCUCACUAACGUCUGUAGAGGGAGUUAUUUUGGAGGGGUCACCGAGGCUGACGGGGAAGAGGUACUCGAGCAGUUUUGGACAUCGGUAUGCCGCAACGGGCGGCGUAGGCAGCGAGGGGAGCGCGGGGAGCGGUGCCAAGGAAGGCGAGCGAGUGGCGAGCCCCUCAUUUUUGAGCACAAACACGGACGACGACGAUAUCUCCGCGUUCGUGCAGGACAUCGACGCGCGGAAGCCGCUCGGCGGUCUGCGGGAGCAGAGCGCGUCUUCUUCGCCUGCACGCUCCCCACACAGCCCCGACAUCCCGGAGGGCCCGCACGAGACCCUGCCCAGUGUCGUCCAGCGCACGCGCUCUCUCUCCUUGAACGAGCCGAUGCUGACGACGGAGUCCGCGGUGGACGAGCGCCUGCGGCAGAUGAACGAGACAUUCAUGGCGAGCUUGCAGGGGCUCGGCGGGCGACGGCGAGAGCGCGGGGACAGCAUUCGCGCUCGCGGCGGCAGUACACACACACGAUCGCCGGUGAACCCUGUGGACGUCGGUAGCGAGGGUGGCCCCGAGCGGGUGGGCAUCAAUGUGGAUGCGGCGAGGGUGCCCCCGGCGUAUGUGCGGCCCCGGUUUGCGUCGACGGGAAGCGCGCGCUCGGGCAUGAGCGUCGCAUCGGGGGAGGUGUUAGGACGGAUGGAUCCGGAGGUCGAGGAUGAUGCACAGAGCGACCCGGGGAGAUGA